AAAAAUUAGAUUCGAAGCGCCUCCCAAUGAAGCUGGUAGAACAAAUAGUCCGAUCAUUAUCGACCACCCAACUACCACUAGCACGCAGCAAUCAAAGGAUCCAAAUUUACAGUCAAAACCUAAGGCACAGUAGAAAAAUGCUCGGUCUCAAAACGUCAGGACCUGCACCUCCAACACCUUGCUCUCACUUCUUAUCCCCCAAUCCUACCACUGCUACUUCUCGCCAUUUCAAGCCUUAUUCCUCAUUUCGUUCUAUCAAAAUGUCAGCUGAACAAAUCGUCGAACACGUUGUGCUCUUUAAAGCCAAGCCUGAUGUUGACCCGUCAAAGCUUAGUGCCAUGGCCAACAACCUCAACAGCUUAACUUCUCUCAACCAAGUCGUUCACCUCUCCGCUGGUCCGCUCAUUCGCGACAGAUCUUCCUCUUUCUCCUUCACUCACAUCCUUCAUUCUCGGUACAAGACAAAAUCCGACUUGGCCGAUUACUCUGCGCACCCCGACCACGUCAGCGUCGUGAAGGAAUACGUGUUGCCGGUGGUUGAUGACAUCAUGGCCGUCGAUUGGAUUCCAACUGAUUUCUCCGGCCCGAGUGAGGUCCCGCCUGGUUCGGCGUUGAGAGUGACGUUUCUUAAAUUGAAGGAGAAUUUAGGGGAAAAUGAGAAAUCACAAGUUUUGAGUGCUGUUGGAGGAAUUAAAGAAAAAUUCCCUGGGAUUGAACAGUUGACUGUUGGGGAAAAUUUUUCUCCGGGUAGGGGGAAAGGUUUUUCGAUUGCUUCCAUUGCGGUUUUCAAGGGAGUGAAUGAAUUGGAAGCUUUGGAGUCGCAAACUGAGCUGGCAAAUGAGCAGAAAGAGAAGGUUAAGGAUUUUCUGGAUGGUGUUGUUGUGGUAGAUUAUGCUGUUCCUCCUACUCAAUCAGCUAGCCUUUGAGUAAAGAUCAGCAAGUGAGGUGCGUAUAAGCUGCAUAUAUAUAGUGUUUGCGAAGCUUAGGACGUAAGGAACAACUUUCAUAAAGGAACUACAAGCAUUCAGACGUUCGUUGGAAAGGUCUACCUUUGUUUAUAUGGCUUAUUGUUAUUCAGGUCAUGACUUUAACGGUCCAGGCUUAGUAUUUCAGAUGUUGUGCUGCUCGAUCUGUUGGGCCCCAGUUUAGUUAGCUAGUAUGUUUAGUGGCUAACUCGAUCGAAUACAGUAUCGAGUGUCAGUCGUGCCUCCCCUAGUUUGGGGCGUGACAUAAGUAGUCCCAGCAACUACAUUGUUCGCUCGUGGAAACUCCUAAACUUUAUGUAUAUGAUUUGUACAUAGUAUUUUUACAUAGCUUAUACGUAUUAUUUU